AUGGAACUCCAUAGGAGACUGUCUAUUGUUGAUAGAGUUGCAAAAUGGGGAAUAGUAGUGCAACAGGAAUGUGUUAUAUGUGAUACUCAAUUGGAGGAAAAGUUUGAUCAUAUAUUCUUUGCCUGCCCAUACUCCAAACAUGUCUGGUCCUCUUUGCUGAACUGGUUGGGUUACUCUAGGACAAUAGGUGAUUGGAACCAUGAAAUACAGUGGUUAAUACAAAGGAUGGGCAAUAGUAGGCCCAGAGCUAGCAUACUGGGAUUCUGUUUUGCAGUAGCAGUCUAUCAUAUUUGGGCUGAGCGAAAUGGAAGGCGAUUUUCUCACCAAGUUAUGAGUAGUUUGGCACGACUGAAAGAUAUCUAUAUCCAGCUGCACCUUGAAGGUCAAAGGCACAGUAAAUGGAAGAGUCACCUGGAGCAGUUAAAUUCAUAUCCUUGUUAG